ACGAUUGUUUAUAAUAAUUAAAAUGAAAUCAUGUUUGUAUGUUUUUACAAUAAUUAAUUUUCAAAUUAAAUUUGAAUUACAAAUUUAGUAGAAGCUGUAUGUGAUCAUCUACGUGUAUUCGUGAGAGUUUAAGUGAGUGUAGAACGUUUGUGAAAGAAAAAGAAACAUAUUUAUAAACAGGAUCGGAGUAAUACUUCCGACUUGCAGUACAUCUGAUAUUCAUACGAGUAUGUAUACGAUUUCAGCAACAAUGAAUUGUUUUAAAAAUAGGACACAACGCCACAAGAACUUCGUGAAUGUAUACAUGCAAGCAGCAAUUUAAACGGGAGAGUACACUUUUCCGAGUUUCUCUUUUGUUUCACUUUUAUUAUGGCGCAAAAUAAUAUAUCAUUGCCACAUCAAAGAUGAAUGAAUAUUCAAAUACAUAAUUGUAUUCGAUAUUUUAUUGGCAUGAUGAUAGCAUUUCAAUACACUAUGAUGUUUGAAUUUUAAAUUUAUUGAAUAUUCGAAUAUUUUCAUGUCACUUAUUGCGUGUUUGAAUUUCAAAGACAUUGAUAAUAUAGACUGAGACAUCUAAAUAGUGAUAUGCUUCAGUUUAUAAUCCGAUAUUUGUAAAACUUAAAACUAUAAUUUUGUGUAUUCUUACGUAUUGAACCAUUAUUAAUAUUAAACGUAAACUAUUUGGCUCAUGUCUGGCAAUUCUGCAGCUGUCAUUUCUGGAAAAUGCACACAUGUAUUAAGCAAUUGCACUGCGACGUUGACGUAAGCUUCGUUGAGCGCAGUGAGAACAGCAGCAGCCGAGGGUUCACUGGAGUGAGAGCGGCCAACGACUUGCUUUCGUGCCUGCUUUCGCAUGUGUGUCACGUAUUCAUGACUGGAAUUUAGCCGACCGCUUUGUCUCUGUCUGACAAAUAAGUAGUCGCUGCAGGUCGUGUAGUUUGGCUGGAGUCAUUUCAGUGCGCGUUCGAAUUUUGUUGACACAAAUUGACAUACAAAAGUGAGAUAUACGAAAAAGGCACAAGCGAAUUGUAAAAAAAAACUCAUAAAACAUAAAGGAAGAAAAAUAGGUGUGACAGCGCGUUGUGAAUAAAAUACAUAAUAAUUGAAUAAAAUUGUGCAAAACUUAUAUUAAAUUGUGUAGUAGGAACGCGUUGAAAUAGUUAUAACGCGUGAAAAAAUCGAAGCAUGCAAAGUCCGAGAACGAAUGCAGUCAAUGGAGCAAUACAGUCGCUGCCCAGUACAUUGGCUCAACUCGCGCUAAGGGAUAAACAGCCUCCGCAGUUGCCACAGACACAGCCACCAAGCGUGCCCAACAAGAGUCAUCUGGUCGAAGGUACCUCGGCCACUAAUGGUGGUGGAGGCGUAGUAGGUAGCAAUGUAGCUGGCAGCGGCGCUGCCGAUUCGAACAAAGUGUCCACCGAGCUGCAGGAGAAGGAAAACCAAAAUCAACUACAGAAGCAGAAACCGCCACUGCCUGUGCGCAACAAACCAAUGGAAAUAGCGGGUUAUGUCGGCUUCGCCAAUCUGCCAAAUCAAGUGUACCGUAAAGCGGUGAAACGUGGAUUCGAGUUUACAUUGAUGGUUGUGGGUGCUAGUGGAUUAGGAAAAUCAACACUUAUCAAUUCCAUGUUCUUAGCUGAUAUAUAUAAUGCGGAACAAUAUCCUGGUCCAUCACUACGUCGCAAGAAGACUGUUGCCGUAGAAGCUACAAAGGUUCUUCUAAAAGAGAAUGGUGUAAAUUUAACGCUUACUGUAGUUGACACACCUGGCUUUGGUGACGCUGUCGAUAACACAAAUUGUUGGGUUCCCAUACUUGAAUAUGUCGACAACAAAUAUGAGGAAUACCUGACUGCUGAGUCACGCGUUUAUCGCAAACAGAUUCCAGAUAACAGAGUACAUUGUUGUUUGUAUUUCAUUGCGCCAUCCGGACAUGGUUUGCGCCCAUUAGACAUCGCUUGCAUGCAGAGUCUCUCCGACAAAGUGAAUCUCGUGCCCAUUAUAUCCAAAGCGGACACAAUGACACCAGACGAGGUGCAUCUAUUCAAGAAACAGAUUCUCAAUGAAAUUGCACAGCACAAAAUUAAAAUAUAUGACUUCCCUUCCACUAUCGAAGAUGCAGCUGAGGAAGGAAAAACUGCACAGAAUUUGCGCGUACGCGUUCCAUUUGCUGUUGUAGGUGCCAACUCCAUAAUUGAAAUGGAUGGUAAGAAAAUACGUGGCCGCCGGUAUCCUUGGGGUUUAGUUGAAGUAGAAAAUCUAGCUCAUUGUGACUUUAUCGCGCUACGCAACAUGGUUAUACGCACACAUUUACAGGAUUUGAAAGAUGUUACCAACAAUGUGCACUACGAAAAUUAUCGUUGCCGGAAAUUAUCCGAGCUUGGUCUAGUCGAUGGCAAAGCACGUUUAUCAAAUAAAAACCCCUUGACACAAAUGGAAGAAGAAAAACGCGAACAUGAGCUAAAAAUGAAGAAGAUGGAAGCCGAAAUGGAACAAGUGUUCGAUAUGAAAGUGAAGGAGAAAAUGCAGAAAUUGAAGGAUUCUGAGCUUGAGUUAGCGCGACGUCACGAGGAACGUAAAAAGGCGCUGGAAUUGCAAGUGCGAGAGCUUGAGGAGAAGAGGCGCGAAUUCGAACGAGAAAAGAAGGAGUGGGAGGAAGCUAAUCAUAUCACACUUGAGGAAUUGAAGCGACGCAGUCUUGGAGCUAAUAGUAGUAGCGACAAUGUUGAUGGCAAAAAGGAGAAGAAAAAGAAGGGACUGUUCUAAAUGUUAAAGCACUAAUCCUAGAAACAGUAUUCGAGUAACUAAAAACACACACAAAAAGAGAAGUUAAUGAAAAAAUCAAAGUAAAAGCAAAGCGCAGAAAGACCAGCUGAUGCGGGCGGUCGAGAAGGUAAUAACGAUGACGAUGAUGAUUAUAAGUAUGUAGACGAUGAUGAUGAUUAUUAUGACGAAUUGUGUUAAGUAAUAAAAUACCUAAAAUUGUAUUUAAAAUACUACUUUACAAAGCAAGCAACCGAAGCAAACACACACCUCUUAAAACGAUUCCCCAACCCCUCAGCUAAUACACGAGUAUCGUUCAUACUCCUUGCAUUAAUUAUAACAUUAUUACCUACUAUACAUACCUACAUAAAUAUAAUAAAAUAUAUAUAAUAAA